GGCCCUCCCCCUGCCCCCCGCCGGCCCCGCGGCCGCCGCCGCCGCCGCUACCGGAGGCGCAGGAGCCUCGCGAUAGUGUUUGCUUUGGCGGCGCGUGACGCCGCCGCCGCCGCCGCCGCCGCCACUGCCGCCGCCCGUAACUGAUGCAGAGGUUACCCCGCCGCCUCAGCCGCCACCCACCGCCCGCCACCGCCCGGGCGACGCCGGAGCCCGACGCACUGCAGAGGUGCCGGCGGGUUCCGCCCGCGGAAGUGGCCUCGGUCGGCGCGGUCCGCGCUCCGCCUGCGCUCCGGCCCCGGCCCUGCGGCCCCGGCCCCUUGCCUCCCCUCGGCGCUGCCCUCCCCGCCCGCCCUCCGCCCGGCGCGCUCCCUCGGCGGCGCGGCGCUCCCCUACCAGCCCUCGCGCCCGCGCUCGCCCUCAGCGCGGCCCCCGCCAUGACGGAGGCGGGUGCCGGUGCCGCCGCCGCCGUCGCAGGGGGGGAGUCGGGCUCCCAGAAAGUAGCUUGAUGAGUGUCCAAAGUAGCAGUGGAAGUUUGGAGGGGCCGCCAUCUUGGUCCCGGCUCUCCACGUCUCCAACCCCGGGCUCGGCGGCGGCGGCCAGGUCCCUGCUGAAUCACACGCCGCCAUCCGGGAGGCCCAGGGAAGGUGCAAUGGAUGAGCUUCACAGUCUGGAUCCAAGAAGGCAAGAAUUACUGGAAGCGAGGUUCACUGGAGUUGCUACUGGGAGCACCGGAAGCACCGGGAGUUGCAGUGUUGGAGCAAAAGCUUCAACAAAUAAUGAAAGUUCUAAUCACAGUUUUGGAAGCUUAGGAUCUCUAAGUGACAAAGAAUCAGAGACACCAGAGAAGAAACAAUCUGAGUCAUCAAGGGGAAGAAAGAGAAAAGCAGAAAGUCAGAAUGAAAGUAGUCAGGGAAAAAGUAUUGGGGGACGUGGCCACAAGAUUAGCGACUAUUUUGAAUACCAAGGUGGAAAUGGCUCGAGUCCAGUAAGAGGCAUACCUCCAGCAAUCCGUUCUCCGCAAAACUCACACUCACAUUCCACUCCUUCCUCAUCUGUUCGACCGAAUAGCCCUUCUCCUACUGCAUUAGCUUUCGGGGACCACCCUGUUGUACAACCAAAGCAGUUAUCCUUUAAGAUCACUCAAACUGAUCUUACAAUGCUGAAAUUGGCAGCAUUAGAAAGUACUAAAAAUCAGGACCUGGAAAAGAAGGAAGGUCGGAUAGAUGAUUUGCUCAGGGCCAACUGUGAUCUCAGGCGGCAAAUAGAUGAUCAACAGAAAUUACUUGAAAAAUACAAAGAACGAUUAAAUAAGUGCAUAUCUAUGAGCAAGAAACUACUUAUUGAAAAGAGUACACAAGAAAAAUUGUCAAGCAGAGAGAAGAGUAUGCAAGAUCGGUUGCGCCUUGGGCAUAUUGAACGGCAAAGAAAACUUCUAGCCAAACGCAAACCUCCCACAGCUAAUAAUUCUCAGGCACCUGCUACCAAUUCUGAACCAAAACAAAGAAAAAACAAGGCAGUCAAUGGAGCGGAAAAUGAUCCCUUUGUUAGGCCAAAUUUACCACAACUGCUGACUCUGGCAGAAUAUCAUGAACAAGAGGAAAUUUUUAAACUUAGACUAGGACAUCUCAAAAAGGAAGAGGCUGAAAUCCAGGCAGAACUGGAGCGUUUGGAAAGGGUCCGGAACCUUCACAUCCGAGAGCUUAAGAGAAUAAACAAUGAGGAUAAUUCACAGUUCAAAGAUCAUCCAACGUUAAAUGAAAGAUACUUAUUACUUCACCUGCUUGGAAGAGGUGGCUUUAGUGAAGUCUAUAAGGCGUUUGACUUAUAUGAGCAAAGAUAUGCUGCUGUGAAGAUCCACCAGCUUAAUAAAAGCUGGAGAAUGGAUGAUGAUAGUUAUGGUGUUGAUGGGAUGGAUCUGACUUCCCAAGGGGCAGGCACUUACUGGUAUUUACCUCCUGAGUGCUUUGUAGUUGGAAAAGAGCCACCGAAGAUCUCCAACAAGGUUGAUGUGUGGUCGGUUGGGGUCAUCUUCUUCCAGUGCCUCUACGGUAGAAAACCAUUUGGUCACAAUCAAUCUCAACAAGACAUUCUACAGGAAAACACAAUACUAAAAGCUACAGAAGUCCAGUUCCCUGUAAAACCAGUUGUAAGCAGUGAAGCCAAGGCCUUCAUAAGACGCUGUUUAGCUUACCGAAAAGAAGAUCGAUUUGAUGUGCACCAGCUGGCAAAUGACCCAUACCUUCUGCCACACAUGAGAAGAUCAAAUUCUUCAGGAAACCUACAUAUGUCUGGGCUGACAGCAACUCCUACACCUCCUUCUUCAAGCAUAAUUACUUACUGACUCCUCUAAGAUUGGCAUGAUCUCUUCUCUUUGAUUGACUUCCAGAUGCAUACUUGAAUUUGAGUGCAUUUGAGUGUUUAUGGUUUUUUUUUUUUUUUUUUUUACAUUGGACAUGGUUAAGAAGAGUUUGUGAACUAAAGCUCUCCAUGGAAUCCUUUGUGUGAGAAUGGAUCAUGGACAGUGACUAAGAACACACUAACUCCUCACUGCCCUGGAGCAGCACAAAACAGGAAUACCAUGUUACAGUAGAACAAGGGGACUCUGUAAAUAACGUUUAUAAUACUUAAAUAUAUUUGAUUGUUACCAGAGAGUUGUAAUAUGAAGGGUAGUUUUUCAUUAUUUAAGAACACACAGAAAAAUGAUGAGACAUUUGUAACACGGGAGCUACAGUGCCUGGUACAGCGUCAGCACUCGGCAGCUGAUCUACAGAAACCAAAGCGAGAACUGAGUGACAGCAGCCGCUGUGUUUUAUAACAAAAUGUUAGAGUUAGGGUCUUUGGAGAGUUGGAGACUUUGUCAUUUGCCUAUUCUGGCUUUUACCAAGUUGUACCUCGAAAUCACAUGUCAGUGGUCCGCCGCCCUACCCCCACCUCCACCCCUCUUAACUGGUUGUGUUAAAGGCGAGCUGUCAUUUCUGGACACUUUAUACGUUUAACACAAAGAGCUGCCUAUUUCAAAUCAGUUGAAGUUACUAAAUGAUAGUAUUUCCAGGGCUUUCAGAGGUUUAGAAUUAGCAGGCAUUUUUCUUUUGUUUCCAGGCCUAGUUCAUUAAAACAGGAGACUGUGUAACCAGAAGCAGGCCAAUUGUACGCAGGAUGAUGAUGAGUUCCCUUCUGGCUCUAUUGUAAACUACUGUACAGAUGUCGGUUACAAUUACUGAGUUUCAGCAGCUUAUUCUUGUACAAAUGUUUAAAAAUACGGCUUUUCUAAUUGGAUAUUGUAUUUUUUUUAAGUCUUCUUGAAGGCGCUUUAAUUGCUGCUAAAUGAUAUUGCUUUUUUGCUAUAAAAAAUUGAAUGACCUUGAAGGCACAAGUUGACUGUACAUCAUAGAGAGAUAUUAAAAGCAGGCACUCAUUAACAAUCAAGGCAUGUACAAUGAUCCAUGUUGGGCAUAUUGAGUUCUUUAAAUCAGAUUUUUAGGUUCUAGAGCUGUGGAACACAUAGAAACUAGAUUUAUAAAUUGUUCAUGGUUAUUCUACAUUUCUAGAAAGUUCUUAGCAUCAAGGUGGGAUGAUAGUCCCAUAGAAUGUUUCUUGUGGUUGUACAGAUUCGUUAAAAUGUGAACAUUUUCUAACUGCCUUGUGUGGUAGAAAUCAAUAUUUUCUUGGGAUGCUGUAUUUCAUUCUUGUAAGGAUUUUUUUCUUUAUUGUCACAUUCAUAAUGCUGAGACUUACAUGUAAGUUGUCCAUGGUGCAGAAAACAGGCUAUCCCUGCCAGACGCCCCUUAACAUGUACAGUUAAACUGUGGCUCUUACCUGGUGUUGCAAGCCAUUUUGUUUGUUUUUUUCAUUGUACAUAGACACAUUGUCUGUUUAAGAUGCUGCUGGAAUUAUAGAGAAUGUAGCCAAACAGUAAUAAACAAUGACAGUAAAAAUGUAAA